AUGUUCGCAAAAGUGUUAUCAUUACUGCUAGUCUUAUCAUUCGCGACAGCUCGCGAGGAUAUGGGCGUGAGAUACGUAAUGAGGUUGUACGAGGACUGCCAGCGAGCGGACGGGGUGUUACCGUGUCUGAAGAAGAAGGCUAUUUUGUUUUUUGACAGAGCAGCACGGAUGGAAUCAAUACCACUGAUUGAUGGUAUCGAUAUUGUGAAGGCUUCUGAACCUGAAGUGUCACCUAUUAGUGAGAACGACAUCGAGAGCAGUCUUCCCAGGAACCUGGCCGAUAAGAAUGAAGCACUCACUGACAUGCUUUGGGAUAGGAUUGCGUCUUUUGCCAAUUCAAGAACUGUUCAACUCUCUUUGCCAAGGAUUACUGGUCAGGAUCUGAAUAAAGGAGUCGAGGAAGGUCGAGGAAAGAUGAAGAAGAUGAUGGGCAUGAUGAUGAUGGGCGCCAGCAUGAAGAUGGCGGCAAUGAUACCGUUAGCGAUUGCUGGUCUCUUCCUAUUGGCCGGCAAGGCGCUGAUCGUUUCGAAGAUCGCUCUCCUGCUCUCCGGCAUCAUAGCUCUGAAGAAGCUGAUGUCCCAGAAGGGAGGCGGUGGCGGCGGCGGCCACGAGAGCCACGGCUGGUCUUCAGGUGGCGGCAGCAGCGGUGGCUGGGACCGCCGGGCUUACAAUGACGUUUCGGACCUGGCUUACUCAGCUUACAAGAAAGACUAA